AUGAACUCCUUCUUCUGCGAAGACACGAGGGAGGAAGAACAGCUCCUUCAGAAAAUCAUCAAAGUUAAGGAAGACACUUUGCCCCAAGUCAUUCUGGAAAUUGUAAGCAACAAAUGUUUAUCCAAAAGGAGACCAAAGGGGGAGGAAGCGAAGAUCAAAUUGGAGUCCCACUUUUCAGGACACUCUCCUUUGAGGAAUAGGAACCUUGAUGGAUGGAGUGACCAGACGUGUUUAGCCAAAAAGGAGGAACAACGUAAUGUCAAAUCUGCGAAUGAAGAAAUACUGAAUACACAACUGCACGCAAAUAUUUUCACCUUCCAUCUUAAAAAAAAUGGACAUGUGAACGCAGACACCUUUUUUAUACCCUACAAAAGUAACAACGGAGAGGAUGUCAUAAGGGAGUACACUUAUAGUUACGGCUAUUACGAUGUGUACAGUCCGAAUAUCGAAAAGACAAACAAAGUUUUUCACGCGAAUAAUAAUCGGUUCUGUGAUGUUGCACCACAAGGGGGGGAAGAGGGGGUGACUUGUCAGAAGAAGGAUAAAAUAAAAAAAGAAAGGGAAGACACAGAGGAAGAUGAACUACUACCAGACGAAUUUGUGGAAUGGAGCAUACAGAAAAAUGAUACAAAGGAAGAUGGAAAGGAGGAAAAUCCUUCAGCGGAAGGAUCACUCCCCAUUACAAACACAAACCAAACUUGUACAGCAAACAACAUGGAUAAGUUUCUUGUGCAUUUUAGAGGAAGACUGUUCAUCGGAUGUAAUAUCAUCUAUUCUCACUUCAAGUGUAACACCUUUCUAGGAACCUUACAAAGUAGAGAAUUGAACGAAGGGGAAGAUACCAGCACCCAUGCAGAAAACGAACUUCACUUUGUUAAAAAAGAAAUACAAACAUACAAUAUAAUUAAGAAUGCGACUUAUUGGAAGCAGGAUGAAUAUCCAGAUGUGUCUGAUCCCAAUAUCCAGAAGUUUCUCUUCCUAACGAUGGUUCCAGCGCUUUGUGAUUAUUCAGAGGAGGGAGGGGAGCAGACUGUUGACGUUGUGUUUUAA